AUGGGCGACCCUCACUACCGCACGUUCGACGGCCACUAUUACAACUUCAUGGGCAACUGCACCUACACCAUGACUAAGAACUGCCAUGUUGACAAGGAUCACCCAGCCUUUGAGGUGCAGGCCAAGAAUGUGGAGGACCGUGCAAACUCGCAGGUCACCUCAGUGGGAAUGGUCACCGUCAAGGUUUACGGUGUCAACAUUGACAUUGUCAGCUCUGAAUUUGGUCUUGUCCGAAUUAACUUCCAGUUAUGGAAUCUCCCCAUCAGUUUAGAGAAUGGCAAAGUGAAACUCUCCCAGAGUGGAUUUUCAGUUGUCAUGGAGACAGACUUUGGUCUGAUGGUGCAGUAUGAUUGGCUAAAGUACCUGGUGGUGACUAUGCCUGGGAGCCUGGCAGGCAAGGUGUGUGGCAUGUGCGGCAACUUCAAUGGCAAACAGGAUGACGAACUCACCAUUCCCAGUGGCUCCCUUGCCAGUAAUGUUGUGGCACUAGGCAAGAGCUGGAGGGUAUCAGACAAGGGAGGUGAUGCCUACUGCAGAGAUGAGUGCACAGGCCAAUGUGAGAACUGUGAGAGCAGCUUGGUUAAGCACUUAGAAGGGGAGAUAUUUUGCACCUUUCUCACAGACAUCAUGAAUGAACCCUUCAAAAACUGCCACACCACCAUCGACCCCAAGAUCUUACAUGAGAACUGCUUGUAUGACCUUUGUCGGGGCGAGAUCAUGAAGACGUACCUGUGUGACACCCUGCAGGUGUACACCGAUGCCUGCCAGAGGGCUGGGAUCGAAGUGUACAACUGGAGGGGCAUUGCCCAUUGCCCCAAGCCUGAAUGCCCAGAGAACAGUCACUAUGAGUUCUGUGGAAGCGCCUGCCCUGCCACUUGUGAAGACCCAAAUGCUCCCUCCAAAUGCAAAGCCAGCUGUGUGGAGGCCUGUACCUGUGACGAGGGCCACCUGCGCAGUGGGAACAAGUGUGUGCCUAAGUCCCAAUGUGGCUGCCAGUACAAAGGCCACUAUGUGGAAGCCGGAACAUCUUUCUGGGGGGAUGAGAACUGUACCAAACGCUGUAACUGCAGCUCCACUGGUGAGAGAGUUGAGAGCCAGGUGGCCAGUUGUCCACUUGGACAGCAGUGCCAGGUGGUUGAUGGCAUAAGAGGCUGCUACCCUACAACCUUUUCCACAUGCAUGGUGUCUGGUGAUCCACAUUACCACACCUUCGAUGGACAACGCUACAAUUUCCAGGGCACCUGUGUGUAUCAGAUGGCGAGUGUCUGCUCCAAUGACAGUACCCUGGAGCACUUUAGUGUUGCCAUACAGAACGAUGGGCGAGAUAAAAAGGUGGGGUCCAUCACCAAGCUGGUAGAGGUCAAGGUCUAUGGGUACACGAUUGUCAUCAGCAAAGAGCACCCAGGUUUUGUGAUGGUGAAUGGUGAACUCGUGAAUCUUCCCGUAAAACUCAACAAACUGCACAUAUACAAGGGUGGUUGGUUCGCUGUGAUCGAGACUGACUUUGGGGUGAAAGUGUCCUAUGACUGGAACAGCGUAGCAACAGUCACUGUCCCCAGCACUUAUGCAAAUGCAAUGUGCGGCAUGUGUGGCAACUACAACCACAAUCCAAACAACGACAUGCAGAUGAAGGAUGGAAGGCAGGCUGCCACUGCAGAGGAGCUUGGUCAGAGCUGGAGAUUAACAAAGAUCCCUGGUUGUGUGAACGGCUGCAAAGAACCAUGUCCUGACUGUAGCAUCACCCAGAGGGAUCAGUACAUGACAAACAAGUACUGCGGCCUCAUCAGCGACCCAACAGGCCCCUUUCGUGACUGUCACUCCAAGGUGGACCCCAUGGGUUUCGUCCAAGACUGUCUGUAUGAUGUCUGUCUGUACCAGGGAAACAGAAACAUGCAGUGCAAUACCCUAACUGCCUACACAGCUGCCUGCCAGGAGAAAGGGGCCAUGGUCUACUCCUGGAGGUCGGAUAAAUUCUGUGAUGCCCAGUGCCCUGCGAACAGCCACUAUAGGCUUUGUGCCCAGGGCUGUUCAGCCACAUGUCAGAGCCUGUCAGCACCCACUGGCUGUGAAGCUCUGUGCAAAGAGGGAUGUGCCUGUGAUGCUGGCUUCCUUCUCAGUGGAGACCAAUGUGUACAUCUCUCCCAGUGUGGUUGUCUGCACGAAGGGAGAUACUACAAAAAUGGACAAGUCUUCUACCCCAACGAACUCUGUCAGCAAGAAUGCACAUGCAAUGGCACGAUGAAGUGUCAGAACUUUUCCUGUGGACCCAACGAGAAGUGUGAGGUGAAGAACGGAGUCAGGGCUUGCCAGGCUGUUGGAAAGGGAGUUUGUUCCAUCUCAGGCGACCCACAUUACAACACCUUUGACAACAGCACCUAUGACUUCCAAGGCACCUGCACCUACACUGCAGCUAAAGCCUGCCAUCUGGAAGGCACACACCUCAACCCCUUCUCUGUAGUGGUGGAGAAUGAGAAGUGGUAUGCUAUGUCAUCAGCUCCAAAGGUGUCCGUUGCCAAGCUUUUGGCUGUAGAAGUCUAUGGUAACAUCCUAAUUCUACGCAGGAACCAAAUCGGAAUGAUCAUGGUGAACGGCGUCCUGACUAACCUCCCAGUGAGCCUAAACAACGGUGCAGUUCAGAUUUAUCAGGACGGCUCGAAUGAUGUCAUAUUGACAGACUUCGGCCUAAGAGUUACCUAUGACCUUGUGUACCACGUCACCGUCACCGUCCCUGGCAACUACAGAGGCAAGACCUGUGGUCUGUGUGGCAAUUUCAAUGGUAACAAGAAUGAUGAGUUCCUGCUACCUGGUGGACAGAUGGUCAAAGACGUCAACUCUUUUGGGGCGGCCUGGAAGGUCAGCAUGCCUGGGGUGGUUUGUGAGGACGGCUGCAGCGGAGACUUCUGUCCGAAGUGUAACUCUAAGAAGAAAGCAGUGUUUGGUGCUGACUGUGGUAUCAUCACGGAUCCUAAAGGACCCUUUGCCUCCUGCCACCAUGAGAUAGACCCAGCCUCUUACUUCAGAGACUGCCUCUUUGACGUCUGUAUGGCUGAGGGAGAUCGUAAUAUGCUUUGCCACAGUGUUGCUGCUUACAUGUUAGACUGUCAGGACUUUGGUGUAAAGAUCGAAAGCUGGAGAUCACCAACCUUUUGCCCAUUCUCCUGUUCUGCCAACAGCCACUACCAAACCUGUGCUGAAACCUGUGCAACUCCAUGUCCCGGCCUAUCUGACACCAUCAACUGUCCCACCACCUGUGCUGAGGGAUGUGCCUGCGACAAAGACUUCUACUUCAAUGGUACCGGCUGUGUUAGCUGGGACCAGUGCAGCUGCUAUGCUGGUGGACACACCCUUAAGAUAGGGGAAUCCCUGAUUUCAGACGACUGCUUUGCGGUCCACAUCUGCCAGAAAUCUGGAGUUGUUUUGUCACAGUCUAUGGCGUGCCAGGGAGAAGAGAGCUGUCAGAUCAAGGAAGGUCUACGGGGAUGCUAUCCACUUAAUGCAGGGGUACAUGGCUGAUGAUAUGUGAGAAACUGACCACGCUACAACUGAAUAACAUUCUGCUAUUGGAGAAUCCCAGCAAAAAUACACAUUACUUAAAUUAAUAUGAUCAUUUGUCAAUGAUUUGUAACAAACAGUAAUUACAAUAUUUGUAGAAGAAUGCCAUUUUCUGCCAAACCCUCACCUCAGAUUUUUAAAACAAUUCCAGAAAGUGAUUUGGAAUGGUCAAAUCAUUACAAUGGUAAUCAAGUCAAACAAUUGCUUAUCUCAUUAUAGGUUAGAAAUUAGAUGUUAAAUAUUUUCUAUGUAAUAGAAAGUAUUAAGCUGUAUU